AAAUGAACUCACGAAAGAGAUGCGCAGCUUGCAAAUAUCUUAGAAGAAGAUGUCUUCAAGAUUGCAUUUUCUCACCUUAUUUCCCUCCUAAUAACCCCCAGAAAUUCGAAUAUAUUCACAAAAUCUAUGGAGCUAGCAAUGUCGCAAAGAUUCUUCAGAGAUCAUUCUACGCUAUCGACUCCUACAACAUGAAAGAUCAGAAGCAGCAGAUUCUCUUUACUUUGAGGCACAAUGCAGAAUCGAAGAUCCUAUCUAUGGUUGCGUUGGGAUUAUCUCUUUAUUACAAUCUCAAAUUCAAAAAAACCGAAAAUCUCAUAGCAAAAACCAAUGCUGAGAUUGCUCUUGUCCAAACCACCUUGCCCAAU